AUGUAUAACCAUGGAGACAAGACUCUCUCUCGGAUCCCAGUCUCUGCAUCAAAUCUCAAUCAGGAUUUCUCAGCGUUACUUCAAGAAUCUCAGUUGAAGAAACAGUUAAUGAAACAGGAGCUCUGUGAUUAUGAUCAGAACAUAUGCAUGAGUGACAUCACCAACAACAGUUUCCAACAUCCUUGCGUCACAAAAACAGAACAUUACUCGGGGGUACAAGAAUCCUUUGGGAUGAAUGAGUUGAUGCAGAAGGAGUUUUAUGGGUAUGAUCAGAACAUGUGUAGUAUGGGUAACAUCAAUAGCAGCAGCUUUCAACAUCCUUGCGUCUCAAACACAGAAGCAGUACAAGAAUCUGUGAAUAACUAUGGGCUGGAUCAGUUGAUGCAGAUGCAGUUUUAUGGUUGUGAUCAGAACAUGUCUAGUAUGGGUAACUCCGGGUUGAUGCAGCAUGAAGUUUAUGGUUAUGAUCAGAACUUGUGUACGAGUGAUAUUACCGACAGAAACGUUCCAGAUCCUAGUCUCUCAAACACAGUCUGA